GAGGGAACCUAAGCACCUAGCUUUCCCAAGGCGACCUGCAUGGACGGAUCCUGUCCUUGCCCCGACAGCCGCUCACCUCGAGCCAGGAGCCUGUCUCGCGGUGCUCGCAGGCAGUAGCAGAGUCCCAUGGUAGCCAGGUGGGCGAAGGGGAGCCAGGACGGUCCGCCCGCCUCGAAGAAGACGGCUUCUGACCUGCUGAGUGGUCCCAAGAGCCUGACCAUGGACCCAAUUCACCUUAGCAUGUCCAGCACUCCCCUGGUGAAGCACACAGCGGGGGCUGGACUCAAGACCCACAGGCCCCGCGUCAUGUCCAAGAGUGGACACAGCAACGUGAGAAUCGACAAAGUGGAUGGCAUAUACUUACUCUACCUCCAGGACUUGUGGACGACCGUGAUCGACAUGAAGUGGAGAUACAAACUCACCCUGUUCGCGGCCACCUUCGUGAUGACCUGGUUCCUCUUCGGAGUCAUCUAUUACGCCAUCGCGUUCGUCCACGGGGACUUAGACCCGAGUGAGCCGACUUCGAACCACACGCCCUGCAUCAUGAAGGUGGACUCUCUCACGGGCGCCUUUCUCUUCUCCCUGGAGUCCCAGACCACCAUCGGCUACGGCGUCCGCUCCAUCACCGAGGAAUGCCCCCAUGCCAUCUUCCUCUUGGUAGCUCAGCUGGUCAUCACGACCUUGAUUGAGAUCUUCAUCACGGGCACCUUCCUGGCUAAGAUCGCCCGACCCAAAAAGCGGGCGGAGACCAUCAAGUUCAGCCACUGCGCCGUGAUCACCAAGCAGAAGGGGAAGCUGUGCUUGGUGAUCCAGGUGGCCAACAUGAGGAAGAGCCUGCUCAUUCAGUGCCAGCUCUCCGGCAAGCUCCUGCAGACCCACGUCACCAAGGAGGGCGAGCGCAUCCUCCUCAACCAGGCCAGCGUCAAAUUCCACGUGGACUCGUCUUCCGAGAGCCCUUUCCUCAUUCUGCCCUUGACCUUCUACCACGUGCUGGAUGAGACCAGCCCCCUGCGGGACCUCACGGCCCAGAACCUGAAGGAGAAGGACUUUGAGCUCGUGGUCCUCCUCAACGCCACCGUGGAAUCCACCAGCGCCGUGUGCCAGAGCCGCACGUCCUAUAUCCCAGAGGAGAUCUACUGGGGCUUCGAGUUUGUGCCUGUGGUUUCUCUCUCCAAAAACGGAAAGUACGUGGCUGAUUUCAGUCAGUUCGAGCAGAUCCGGAAGAGCUCCGAUUGCACGUUUUACUGCGCGGACUCCGAGAAGCAGAAACUGGAAGAGAAAUACAGGCAGGAGGAUCAGAGGGAAAGGGAGCUGAGAAGCCUUUUGUUACAACAGAGCAACGUCUGACGGCCGAGCCAGGGCCUCGCUUUAACUGCAGCCGCAGCCACGUCUGAGCUCCCUUCGAGCAAGACUGUGUGGAUGCGCUCUGAAAACACUGCCCAGACAUGCAAAACUGCUCUUUCCCUUCGGUCUGGUGGCUAAACAAGAAUCCCCACCUUUGACAGGGUUCCUUGUUCAAAUGCUUUGUCUGAAGCAAACUCCCAAAAUUCAGAUUUUCUAAAAUGGGGCUAUAUUUCGAAGAAGUUGGGGUAGGGCAAUUGCAAAAAUGUCCUGCGGGAUGGACAGAGACAUUCAGCGAUGCUGAUAGUGGAAGGAGGUGCAUUUCUAUAUAAGGAUCUCAGCUGUAAUAUAAGGUAUUUAUUCAACCCGAGUAUCAGAGACACUGUGGCCGAGACCUGAAAUGUGGUCAGUGUUCACUCACACCGUCGCUUUAACACGCUUUUUCUUUUCAAGCAGAGAGAAUGUUGCUGUACUGGAGGCUACCUGGUAAUGCAGAAAAUGGAGCAGGGAGAAAUCUGUACUCAUAAAAUAUAAUAAUUCCAUUUUCACCUUUCUUCAGUGGAUUUAAUUUGUAGAGUGAAAUCGAUCAAUCAGGAACGAACAGUUGUGAAAACAUACAAAUGGAGUUGAGACUGUCGUUCACACUAACUGCCUGUUGGAAUGUGCUAGCCCCUUUCUGUUCAAGAUGUGGUUCACAGACCAGCAGCAUCAGCCCCAUCUAGGAGCUUAUUAGCAAUUUAAACGCUCAGGCCCCUCCCUCCAAACGUAGACAAUCAGAAUCUGUAUCUUAACAAGACCCCCAUGCGACUUGUGUACCAAUGAGUUUGAAAAGCUCCCCUCUGGGCAGUGUGUUCAAAGUAACCUCUGAAGCCAUGGGACUCUGUGGGUCCCAUGUCCAUGUGGCCUCCAGACCUGUCUUUCCUUCAGCUCAUUAUAAUGGACCAAGCGUCCUUUCGGCCACUUUUUUUCUGUAUCUAUUAAAAUUCCUUGUCCACAGAGGAAGCGCCACUGACAUUCCAAGAACAAAAUAAAAGCUCUGGCAGGUAAUGGCUGUCUCAUUCAUGCUAAGUAUAUGGUUGUUGCUGAUAGUUAGAACAAAAGAAAAAUUAAGCUGAGCUGUGUAACAAUCAGAAAUUUGCUCAGAUGUUGAAACCUAGAAGGUUGGAUGAGGCCAUGAGAACGAGAGUUGCUGAGGAUAAGAAAUUCAUACACAGAUGACUCCUUGAAGCAUGAACAAAAUUUGAUAAUCUGAUAACUUGUCAAGAAUGUCCUCAGUGUUUAAACAAAUCUUGUGCAACUCAGUGUUACAGAGAUAACAUUUUGCCUUCAGCAGAAUUUAGGCACCAGGCACCCUGCAUUUCUUUGGGGCAGAGAAUAAAUGGCCAAGGACUGGCUAACUGUGCAAAAGGUGAAUUCUCACUUCAUUUAAAAUAGGACAGAUCUGCAUAUACACUCAAGAAGAAUGCAACUAUGAGUAUGUAGGUGCUACAUGGAUGUACAUACAUGUGCACCACAUAUAUGCACACACACAUCUAGGCACAUACAGAGACAUACAUGCACACACAUACACAGGCACACACAUGUGCACAACACACAGGGACACACACCCUAGCCCUUAAAGCAUAAUUGUGGAAAUUAUCAAUGAAAGACAUUUGCAGUUAAAAGAGCAAAUCCUCCAGAAAUAUGCUUGCUUUUAUUUUGUUCUAUAAGAUCGGGAACAUUGGGACUCAGGGAUAUGGGGGGAGUAACCUGGAUUUAGACCGUCAGUGAAACCAGCAAGUCUGGCCAUCUUUUGAUGUUCCCACAUUUCAAAUGUCCUUCAUUAAACAGAAUGUGUGGCUAACACCUCUGACCUGGAACGGACCAUCUAAUGGGGGGCUCAGAUGAAUGGGGCGACGUCGUGAAGGUUGAAAGAACAAUCUCAAUGCACAAGGGGUCUUGUCUUCAGUUACUCAGGAAGUUUUUUUCUGUUUCUGUCCAUAAGUUUAUGGCAGGUUGUUUUAGAUCUUAAAAAAUUACGUGUAGUUAGAUAUUAUCCCUUUCUGUUGUUACACGUGAUGUUUGAUUGAAUGUUGUGGUGUAACCGCCAGAAGAAUGAUGCCACGGGCAAGUUUACAGGCUUUCUGUCGCGCUAUGAAUUCUCCCAGCAUUUCUACCAUUGUUGAUUUGAAUGUGAUCAAGAUUAGGGAUCCUUCACGCGUCUGUUGUAGAUGGUGCAAUGAUGCAGCACAAGAUUGAGAAACCUCUUUUAUGUUCACCUAGCAUAUCUGUUUCAGCCGAAUUUGGAAGACUUGCUCAUCUGAUCUUUUGCACUACACACAAAAUAAAUAUGCAGCGUCUUAAACGCCAAUACUUGUGCAAGUCAGUAAAUCAUACUACAACGUAAUCUGUCAUACAUAGCUCUACAGCUGUGGCUGGUUUGAAGCUGAGCUUUUCCCAGGCACACUUAUUUAUUAUUACUUUGUACAAAAUGCCCUCAUGUUGAUGUGCUAACAAAGAAAGGAUUCAGGUGGCAAACUGAUUCUAUGUGGAUAGUUUUCUGACUGAAACAGAUUCGUGCUCAACCCCAACUAAGAAGUCAGACUGAUGGAGUGUUUCUGACCCCAAAAGGCUCUUUUUUUGUUGUUUUUGUUUUGCAUUUUGAAGUAUUUCCAAUGCACCAGGCCUUCUCAGUCAGACCAUGCAAAAAUGUCAUGUUCCAUCUGAGAAACCACAAAGCCAUGCCUUACUUCAGUAAUAAAAUGCAUUGUACUUACAUGGUCCCCAGCAGCCAAGAGCCCCAGAGGCAUUGCAAAGAGUCACUCAUCCACCCACACAGUGGGCCACCUCUGGGGUGGGGGCGGAGGCACCCGUGAGUUCCCUUCCCCACUCCUGGGGAUGCUACAGCAAAGAGAGGAGACCAGAAUUAGAGAAUAACUAGUUAAAAGGGGGAAAU